AAGAAUAUAUUGUGUGCAGAAGACGUGGUUAGGGAUUUGACAUGUUCGCGUUUCCUUCCCCAGCGAAUCACACACGAGGAUUCCAGUCCGGGCUUUGUCGAGCACCAUGUUCCUCUGAUGUGAGAGCAUCCAGAGGCGGAGGGGUUUUCACUCCGUGAUCUCUCUCUCACUCUCAGCCUGUCCGAGUGAACUUCACAGAGCGGACACUCACCGGGAUUUCAUGCACACACACACGGGAUUCGUGAGGGUGGCCUUAGGUCCCAGUCCUGCAAUAUCCACACUGGGUCGGGGAAGGAAAAAUAGAGGACUUGCUUUUUUGUAAAAGAAAGAAAGCUAUCCGCAGACAAUAUAUAUGCAAAAAAGCGUAACCAAGAGCCGGGGGAGGAAUACUGGAGAUCAGCAACCACUGCUUGGAGAAAUCGCCUCAGCUUCUCAGCAGUGUGUUUGGACUUUGUAAGGGAGUUCGUCAGGCUUCGGGCUGGGGUUUUUUUUUAAAGUGUAUUUUCAAGAUCUAUCUGCACACACCAUGUCCUGGAUUAUUGCUGUUCUUGCGGGGCUUUGCAUCUUAACUCUGUUUUGUGAUUCGGUUGUGGCUGAUGUGAAGGCUCGGACCUGUUCUGAGGUGAGGCAGGCGUAUGGUGCGAAGGGAUUCAGCCUCAACAACAUACCCUACCAGGAGAUCUCGGGGGAAGACUUGCGGAUAUGCACACAAGGUUUUACAUGCUGCACUUCAGAAAUGGAGGACAAGCUGAGCCAGCAGAGCAAAUUGGAGUUUGAAAAUAUGGUGGAAGAAACAAGUCAUUUUCUCCGCACAACCUUUAUUACAAGACAUAAGAAGUUUGACGAGUUUUUCAGAGAACUUUUGGAAAAUUCAGAGAAGUCACUGAAUGACAUGUUUAUACGGACAUAUGGCCAAUUAUACAUGCAAAAUUCUGAAGUGUUUCAAGAUCUCUUCACAGAACUAAAACGCUACUACACAGGUGGCAAUGUAAAUCUGGAGGAAAUGCUCAAUGAUUUCUGGGCCCAUUUACUGGAACGAAUGUUCCAGCUAGUAAACCCCCAAUACCAUUUCACAGAGGACUACCUCGAAUGCAUCAGCAAAUAUACUGACCAGCUCAAGCCAUUUGGAGACGUGCCUCGAAAGCUGAAAAUACAGGUGACAAGGGCUUUUAUCGCAGCUCGGACCUUUGUACAGGGUUUGACUGUUGGCAGGGAAGUUGCCAACAGAGUAUCAAAGGUAAUUCCAGCAUUAGGAUGCAUCCGUGCUUUAAUGAAGAUGAUGUAUUGUCCUUACUGCCGAGGGGUCCCCACUGUGAAACCUUGCAACAACUACUGUCUUAACGUAAUGAAGGGCUGCUUGGCUAAUCAGGCUGAUCUGGACACAGAGUGGAAUCUUUUUAUUGAUGCUAUGCUGUUGGUAGCAGAAAGGUUGGAAGGGCCUUUCAACAUUGAAGCAGUAAUGGAACCAAUUGAUGUGAAGAUUUCUGAUGCCAUCAUGAAUAUGCAAGAAAAUAGCUUUCAUGUUUCAGCUAAGGUUUUUCAAGGAUGUGGGCAGCCCAAGUCAGUGGCAAGUGGACGUAUGACCCGUUCCGUUUCAGAAAAUUUUAAUGCAAGGUUCAGGCCCUACAGCCCAGAGGAACGACCAACCACGGCGGCUGGUACAAGCUUGGACAGACUAGUCACUGACAUUAAGGAGAAACUGAAGCUGGCUAAGAAGUUCUGGUCCACUCUGCCGUAUGCCAUCUGUAAUGACGAUAAGGUGACAGCUGGUGCGUCUGAUGAAGAAGAAUGCUGGAAUGGACACACCAAAGGCAGGUACUUGCCUGAAAUAAUGAAUGACGGUCUAACUAAUCAGAUUAACAACCCAGAAGUAGAUGUGGACAUCACUAGACCGGACACAAUGAUUCGUCAGCAAAUCAUGGCACUUCGAGUGAUGACAAACAAGCUGAAAAAUGCCUAUAAUGGCAAUGAUGUAAACUUCCAAGAUUCAAUUGACGAGGCAAGUGGCUCAGGCAGUGGUAGUGGCUGCACCGAUGAAAUGUGUCCUCCAGAAUUUGACUUUUCAACCACUGAGGCUCCACCAGGGCCAAAGAAGAUUGAGCCAUCAAGUUCCACAGCAGUCAGACCCUGCCUGCAUUGGCUGGCCACACUUGUCAGCUUUCUGCUCCUGGUACUACAAAGACAGUGGAGAUAAUCGGUGACAUGCAAUAGAGACACUAAAAAACAAACACCAUUUUACUUUUGGAUAUAUCAUCAAACACACAGCUCCAUCUUGGAAUGGUACCAGUUUUAAAGCAGAAAGAGACACUGCAGCCUGUUGCCAUUUUAUCCAAAGACCACCAGGUGCCAUUCAGGUACAGUCUACAAGUGCAAGAUUGCUUUAUCCUCACUCAGACCUCACACAGAAAGAAAAACACCCUGAAAGUUUAUUGACUGCAGUUGGGACUGUUUUCAGAAUAAUCAUCCUUUCUGCUUAUUUUAUGCACCGAACAAAAAUGAAAUUCAAUGAAAACUUUUGAUUUAUACACUAAGUAAGAUUUUAAUAUCUAAGUUUUACUUUUUACAGUUACCACAAAGUGAAAAGAAUGCUGCAAAAUGGUGUAUCUAUUGUAUCGCUACAGUGACAUUGGUGUACAAUGAAAUUCAGUUACAGCAGUAGUUAUAUGAUAUAAGAAGGCUGGUAGUUUAAUAGCACAGUUUGCCUCAUCCAUCCAACAACUUUAUUCAGGUUGUCUUUUAGAAAAUAAGAAAAAAGUUUGUGGGCAGGAGCAUUUAAAAUUAGCUAUAAAAUGAAAAUAUUGGAGUAUUAUAUAGAGCCUAGAGAACAAGUGACUAUACAAGCAUUUGAAAGCUACAUGAUUUCUGGUAGACACUGAUGGAAUUUAUUAAUAUACAAAUGAUAAAAAAAAUCAUGUCAAUUUGCCAAUCACAGCAGAAGAAAGAUCCAGGAAGACUGAGCUCUGACCUUCAUGUUGAAGUAUAUGAUUAGCUUCCCUGUCCUGGAUUUUUGCUGCUGAUUUUGAUUGAGUGAGAAAGAUCGUACUAGAGCGCCUGAUUUUCCCUAAUGCUCCUCCGCUUGUUUGUUGCUUCGCUCUUCUACUAUAAGCCAUUUGAAAAUCUCCAAAAAGUGAAAUUCUUAUUUUAUUUUCACAUUUUCAUCCUAGCACUAACCAUCAGUUGCUACAGAUAAUUUGAGGUAUUAGCUCAGGGUUUAAAUGUAAUUACAUUACCUGCAUGUUAUUGUAUCUCCAAUGCUCAGCACAAUGGUAGUCCUGGAACAUUCACACUGUUGAAACACCAGUAUUUAAUGCAAUUGAUCAAUGUCUCCAUCACUUACAUCUAAAGAGAUUGUCUGACAUGAGUAUGGGUCUUCCUCCCUGAUACAUUCUGUGACAGAGGUACAGUAAAUCUGUAAUAGUGACACAGAGCUUCUGUUCCUGACAAAGGGUCUAGGUGAAAGUCCUAGAGUUUUGUAGUCACAAAAUGUACCAUUAAAGACAAAAUAAAAACCCAUGCCCUUCAGCACUUUGAACACAUUACGGAGCUUUCAAAAUGUGUACUUGUUCCUGAUAUAAUAUUGAUAACAUAGCUUUUAACCAUGGGAAAAUGUGCUGAACCAAAGAUUAUUUUGAAUGUCAGAUGAUUUGAACGUAACUGCAUCCAUCAUACUCCAAACAAUUACAUCAAAGAUGAAAUGGUGCAAUUGAGAGUUAUUUUUGUGGGUAAACUAUGAUCAUAAAUUGUUUAAUGUCUUUCAUGCUAGACACAUCUAGAGUCAUUCUCCUAGAAAAUUUCUGAAGAACUUCUGUUCUGAUCAUUUUAUUGUGCUAGAGAAUUAAAGAACAAAACAAAACAGAGGGACACUGGCUCAUUGUACCUGUGCCGUAUAUUGAGAGCUUUCCUUUAUUUCCAAUCCUUUGAUCUUUACAAAUAGUUCUGCAGAUGUUUCUUUUCUAAGCAGAAUUCCUUCCAAUAGUUACUAUUGACAUUACUUUCACCACCCAUUUAGACAGUCCAUUCAGGCCAAUAAAACAAAUUUGCAUUAGUAUUGUGAAAUCUUUGUUCCCUAGAUAGUGACUCUCCUGUAAGUAGUUAGGGUAAAUAAGAAUUACAUUGAAAUUAAUGGCAUCAAAUUCCAAAAGCAAGAAUACCAUAUAUAACCUACUGUAACAUGAAUAAUAUGAGCAGACAAUUCAUUUAGCACAUGGGACCAGGGGUAAAUUUCUACCCUCGUUUUGUUAUAUUUAGUCUGUCAGAAUAUCUCACAGUAUCAAUUUAUUUUAUUUAGUGUUUUUAUUUCAGCCAAAGAGCUAACUGAUUUAAACAUUGUGAUGCAAAUAUUGCUUCUGUUCAGAAAUAUUAAAUGAUUCUACUGGCUAAAAUACUCAAAUGCUGUCAAUCACUUUUGCAGUUUAAAUACAAAUGGCACAAUAAUUAAUUAAUUUAACCAUGGGUGGAUGAGGCUCAGAACAUAAUUGGUGCUACAACCAAUUACAACUUACUUAGUUCCUAAAUUCUAUCAUUAAAACAGCUGAGGAAAGGGAAUGAAGCAGAAGAUUCCACAGUAAAUUCUGUGAGGUAAUGAAUUUCCUUCUGCUCAUUGGAUUCAGGAAUAGAAUAGGAUUUAUUUAAAGCAAUUAAAUUCCACAGUUGACAAGUAUUUGCUUAAUAGUCUGAUGUAGUCAUGCAGUUUUCUUUUAAUUUCAAAGGGUGGGUGAGAAAUGGAAUUCAAAUUGACAUUCCAACAAGUUGAAGACCUUCAGUAACAACCAGGGUUAUAAAGAUUAGUUGCUCCAUUGUUAUAAAAUGAUAUAGUUUGUGGACUUUGGGAUAAAAAAUUAUCCAGUCUUUAGCAUAGGUAACUAGAAUGUUAAAAAAACAUAUCGAGAAAAGAAUUGUCAAGUUGUUUCAUGAACUGUUUUUCCUGUGCUCUUGGAAAUGUAGAAAGGUGGCUAGUCUGAGAUGUAUUAUAUGGAAUGUAAGGUUAAAAGUACUGGGGAUGGAAGGUUGUCUGCAAUCAUUUACACAAAAUGUGCAGUAUAGGAGUGACUGCUUGUUGUAUUCCAUUGCUGAAAUUAAAUUCCAUUGUUACAAGCAAAUGAGCUCAAAAUUCUACACUCUUAUAAGAAAAUAAUACUGUGGAAAUCUUUAUGAAAUUAAAUGAGUUGGAUUGCUAAUUUAUCUGAAAAAUGGAAUGGAAUUACUAAAACAAUGAACGUUUCUUAUUUCUUGCGUUCUCCAGAGAUCUGUGGGAACAUCUGUCCAUGGUAUCUUCAUUUAGAUUUGGAUUUUUAAAUACAGUUUUCAUAUUUUCAUGAGCACAGAAUAUUUUAAAUAGUUUUUAAUAACAUGCUGAUUCGUGAUUUGCAUGGGACAGAAUUUUGAUGAUUCCCUUGUUCUUGUGACUAUACAUGAAACUGCUGGGCACACCUACUUCACUAUAAUUAAUGUACUUUUUUAUUUAUAUUAAGAGCAAAUAAUUGUGUUAAUGUAUCUUUGUGUAUGAAUGCAAAAAAAAGAUGUUUUUCUAUAAUCUCUAGCAAAGUCAGAGUCACAAAUUUGAGUAUGAUAUUGAUUUUCAACAAAAAAUAAUGACACAGCAAUCUGUAUUCUUUCUAUAAAAUGUUACUAUUUAACAUCAAAUUAAAGUUCAUCGAUAGACCUUCAUCCAUUUAAAAUAAAUCAACUGCUUUCUGUUCAGAUGUGUAGAAUAUCCAAGACUAAGGUGAAUAUAAGUCUUAAUUAUGUAUUGAAAAAUUAGCCUGAUUUUGUAACUUAACAUUCAAAAGCAAACAGAAGGAUGGGUAAAACAAACAGCCCUGAAGGGAUUUGAUAUUCAAGGUGGAACUGCAGCAUUUUUACUGUACAUGUUAAAUCUUAGGUAACAUCUGUUUUGAGAAUUCAUUAACCACACUGGCUAUUCAUUGUUUAUGGUUAAAAGACUAUCUAAACAUUAAUUGUGAAGGAUGUGGUCCAGUGUUUCGCAUAAAGGCCAUAAUGGUAAACAUAAUUUUCUUCAACUUACAAAGUAAUGGAAUGCGAUGGUUUCAGAGGUCACAUGGGUUGAAUGGCCUCAUGAAGGCUAAGCUAUCCUUUGGGAUUUAUAAAGCUUUCUGCAAGAAUAAAAUUCUGUUUUGAGACACCAAAGCCUUUGAAGCUUCAUCCUACAAUAUUAUCAGGCUCUGGAUAUAAUGUCAAGUGUGUAUGUCUUUACUCUCUAUGCAGGUAGUGGUAUAGUCUGAGAACAUAGUGCAAUUUUUAGUUAUUUCACAUUGUCAUUAGCGGUGAAAUACCUGUCUUCACUUUUCUCAUUGAUAAAGCUGAUAUGAGUAGGAAGCUCUUUUCAGUGCAUUUUACUCAAAUCGGCUUUUUCACUGAUUUUGUUUUUAACCAAUAAAGUUCUGCCAUAUUACUAAGUGCAAAUGUUUGACAUAAACCUACUUGUAAUCUCCAUUUGGUCACAUAUUAGCCUUAAUUUUCUAAAUACUUCCUUGAACACUCAGGAAGAAUGAUAUUUAUCAAGAUCUGUAAUAUUUCUAAAAUUAAAGUUUAAUAUGCAUUGUAUUACAUCAUCGACUCCGAAUCAUGAUGAAGAAACUAGAUCAUAAGAUCUAAAGUUAUUUUAUGAUGGUGAGUGAACAGCCUUAGGUUGAUGAUUUUGUUUAUUUGUUUACAGUGCACAAACUGUCAUAUGACCAUGUAACAUUAUGUGAUAUGAUAUAUUAUUUUCUGGUAUCAAAUAGUCAAAUAAAGGUUCCUAUCAUUUCAAUAUG